GCACUGAUUUGAGACAACUGGACACUGGAUGUAUUUUUUUGACUGUAGAGAUGCACUGACCUGGAAAGAGAGACCCAGGUCAAGUCAGAUAUACAAAUCAAAUCAUCAUACAGAUGUAGAGGUGAAGGAAAGAGUGUUGAGAGACUGUGUUGGUAAAUUAGUCUUUGGUGUGAAAUAAUUGAUACAUCAAAAGCUUAGUCAGAUGAGGUAUGGUAGAGAGAACUGAGUAAUUGUUGAAGUAUGUGGAACUGAUAGGUAGGGAUAUAAUAACAUUACAGGUGUAUAAUGUGAAUAUGUAACUUGUUUCAGGAAACUAGGCAUAUGCCGCGUGUCACUACUUCACAGGAGCGUAAUUUGAACGUAAACUUAAUUUAAAAAAAAAUCUAAUUGUGUUUUUUGGCAGAAAUGCCUUCUUGAACAUGUGAACUUUCAUUGUACCUUAAUAACAAACAUGUAUGCCAUCUGUAAAUACGAAUAAAAUUAAGUUAGGAGCCUAGUUAGUUUAGCCACGGAAAAAGACAGCAACCUAAUCGCUAGCCAAGAUUGGUUGAGAUGAUGAGUGGGCUGGACAUGCCAAGAGAAGAGUUCUGAUUGGUCUGCCAUGUAGCGAGCGGGCUUCUGUCUAUAUCAUGAGCUGGUCAGUAUGUGUAGGUAAUCCUUUCUAGCACAGCUUUUAAAAAAAAAAGAUAUCUCGUAGUAGAGCUGCAUAAGUGUUGCUCUCCACUUUCUGGAGGACCGAGUUUUGAAAUCAGUGGAAUUAAGAGUAGGAUAGCUAAGGAGAUGGAAAAGAAUCUGACAUUUGAUUGCAAAUAUGGAGAUGGAGAAAAAUCUGGCAUUUGAUUGCAAAUAUGCAGACGGAGUUCAAAAGAGAACACACAGAAGGCUGUCUCCGGAUUACAUCUUCAAACUAAGGGCAACUAUGGCAUCUGUGACAGAGAGGGAGAAGCGUCCAUCCAUGUAUACCGAGCCAUGUUCACUGGAGGCAUGAGGGAGUCAAACCAGGAAAUCAUUGAGCUGAAGGGCUUGUCUGCCCGCGGCCUGAAACACAUAAUUGACUUUGCCUACAGCGCAGAGGUCACGCUUGACCUGGACUGCAUUCAAGACGUACUGGGAGCAGCAGUCUUUCUACAGAUGGUCCCAGUCGUUGACCUCUGCGAAGAAUUCCUCAAGUCGGCUAUGAGCGUAGAGACCUGCCUGAACAUCGGCCAGAUGGCCACCACCUUCAACCUGACCUCCCUCAAGGAGUCUGUGGACACCUUCACCUUCCGCCACUUCCUGCAGAUUGCAGAGGAGGAAGACUUCCUGCACAUCCCCAUGGAGCGCCUGGUCUUCUUCCUACAGAGCAACAAGCUGAAGAACUGCAGCGAGAUUGACCUAUUCCACGCUGCCAUCCGCUGGCUACAGCACGAUGAGGCCCGCCGAGCCGGUGUAAACGAGGUCCUCUGCCACGUGCGAUUCCCCCUCAUGCCCUCCUCGGAGCUGGUGGACAGCGUGCAGACGGUGGACAUCAUGGUGGAGGAUGUGUUGUGCAGGCAGUACCUCCUGGAGGCCUUCAACUACCAGAUCCUCCCAUUCCGUCAGCACAAGAUGCAGUCCCCGCGGACGGUGAUCCGCUCCGACGUGGUUUCGCUAAUUACCUUUGGCGGGACACCCUACACUGACAACGAUCGCACUGUGAGCAGUAAGGUGUUCUAUCUCCCAGACAUUGCAGCGCGUCAGUUCAAGGAACUAACGGAGAUGGAGACAGGAUCCAGCCACGCCUGUGUAUCAGUGCUGGACAACUUUGUGUACGUAGUCGGCGGGCAGCACCUGCAAUACCGCAGCGGUGAAGGGGCAGUGGACAUCUGCUUCCGUUACGACCCACACCUGAGCAAAUGGCUGCGUAUCCAGCCAAUGCAGGAGGGGCGUAUUCAGUUCCACCUCAACGCUCUUCAAGGACAACUCUACGCCACUGGGGGGCGCAACCGAUCUGGAAGUCUGUCGUCCGUAGAGUGCUACUGUCCUAAGAAAAACGAGUGGACCUACGUGGAACCACUAAAACGCAGAAUCUGGGGCCAUGCAGGAACUCCCUGUGGCGACAAGCUCUACAUCUCAGGGGGUUAUGGUGUCUCAGUGGAUGAUAAGAAAACCCUGCACUGUUACGACCCCACGUCUGACCAAUGGGAUUUCAAAUCGCCUAUGAACGAGCCCAGAGUGCUUCAUGCUAUGAUCAGUGCCAAAGACCGUGUUUACUGCCUGGGCGGUCGCAUGGACCAUGUGGAUCGCUGCUUUGACGUCCUGGCAGUUGAGUAUUAUAUUCCAGAGAAUGACCAGUGGACCACUGUUAGCCCCAUGCGAACAGGGCAAUCUGAGGCAGGCUGCUGCUUGUUGGAUAAAAAGAUCUAUAUCGUUGGAGGGUACAAUUGGCAUCUAAAUAAUGUCACAAGCAUUGUGCAAGUGUACAACACAGAGACUGAUGAAUGGGAGAGGGAUUUGCACUUUCCUGAGUCUUUUGCAGGAAUUGCGUGUACGCCGAUCAUACUUCCACAAACCACCACGCAACGGUAAUCCUUCGGCCCAAAGAGACUGACAAUUUGAUUCCGUGCAUUCUUACUGUUGAGCUGUCAAAUUAAUACAAACAUGGCACAUUACAUAAACUAUUGAAAUAUUAGUGGUAAAUUUGAUGUAAUGUGGGUGGGUGGGUGUGUGUGUUUGAGGGAAUAAGUGGAAAUAGGAAUACUAUUUUGCUAUAAUAUACAGUGUAUUACUUCAUUUUCCAUCCUAUGGUUGAGGUCCAUGUGCUGCAUUGUAAUGAGCAGUUUUAAUGGAAAAUAAGUGUUAGCUUUCCGGGACAAACUCGCUUUUAGGGUAUUUUAAGCAAUACUUAAAACACUACCCAAAGUCAACCUAUUAACUGAUUUGCAGGAUAGUUUUUAAAUUUGUGCCAUGCAUCAAGGAAGCAUGUUUUGAUUAUUUAAUUGAGUAUAUUCAUGUUUUAUGUUUAUUUCAGAACAUCUGUUUUUGCUGUGUAUGGUGAUGUGCUCAUUAGGCUGUUCAAUUGACUGGAGACGUUUACACACAGUCAUCAUAAUGAAAUGUGUAUUCCAAACUGACAAGCUAAUAUGUCUCUUAUGCCACUGUAAUCAUUUUUUUCAACUCCUUUGUGUAAGUGUGUGAGAACAUCUGUGUUUAGUGCUCCUUUGGUAGGUAUUAGGUAGGCUUCCUGAAUAUUCUGAAGUCUCUUAUACUGUGUAUAAUCAAUAUACUGUAGAUCAGAAUGAAGUGCUUUUGUCUUGUCCAUCUGCAGUGUUUAGUUGUGGGGGAAAUUGGUCAAGUGGUCAGAUAUAUUUUGGUGCCACGUUCUUUCUCCAAGCUCCUACAUAAAAGGACAGCAUCAGUAUGAGCACUAUGGUAAUGAAUUUUACCUAGACAAGCAUACAGCUUUCACAGAACUGUGAAUCUCAAAGAGCUGGUCGCAAGGGGCUGAACUUCACGUAAGGGUCAAAGUAAAGGCAUAGAUGGAAAGAACAGCACAGCACACAAGCAGUGAUAUGUGAUUAUUUUCCCUAGUGUAUUUCUUAUUUUGGUACAGUGCAGAUGGUAGCAUUUUUGUUUUAUGAGGAGUAGCCUAUUUGUGAGGAUUUCAGUAUUGUAUGCAAAACUGAUGUGGCUUUUACUGAUUUUAGACUGUUGGUAAUGCUGAGACGAGCUGAAUUUUAUUUGGAAGCACAACAUGGCACUCGUUGAAAAAUGUUUGGUUCUGAAAAUGUCACCUGUUUGUCUUAGGAACAGGGUUUUUGUGAUGUUUUGUCUGUCCAACUCAGAAGCACAUAGUUAUCUAUUAAGUGCAUUAUAAGUGGAAUUCACUGUAAUCCAAUGAGAAUGUAGACUUUUCUGUAUCCAAAUGUAUAACAUUUAAUUAAAGGUGUUACGUGAACUGAAAAAGGUA